AUGCAGGAAAACACCGUUGCGAAAUCUGUUGUAAACGACUCUGGUGGUGCGCCCUCUGCCGAGCAGAUCGGCAGGGUGCGGGCGGAUUACGAGACGCAUACGGUGACCGGCCCGGACGGUACGAUCACACUUGAACCCAAGGUGAUGGCGGUGCUCAGAGUGCUGUCUGCCCUCGCGCCGGCGGUUGUAUCCCGCGAGUCUUUAAUCGAACAGGUCUGGGGUGGUGAAUCUGGCGGUGACGAAAGCCUGUCACGCGCCAUCUCGCUGUUGCGCAAAGCGCUGGGGGACCGGCGAGGCCAGCACAACUACAUUGAAACGAUCCCGCGGAGGGGUUAUCGACUUGUGGCUGCUGUGUCACCCAUUGAAGAUGUGGCACUUCAGACAAUGGCCACUCGUUCGGGCAGAUCGCGGCUUUCUUGGAUGGUCACUGCCGGUUUGGUGGUGAUCGCGCUGACCGGCUUCUUCGGGUUAAAGCUGGCGAGCGAUGAUGGGUCCGCCGUUUUAACGCCAUCACCCUCACGCUCGGUAGCCGUGCUUCCCUUUGCCGAUCUCAGCCCGGCAGCUGACCAUGCCUAUUUUGCCGCAGGGCUGGCGGAAGAGAUUCUCAAUGCCCUCACCAAUAUUCCUGAACUGCAGGUGGCAGGCCGGACCUCCAGCUUCGCCUAUGCUGAGAAAGACGCUGACAUCCGUCAGAUUGGCAGUGAGCUGGGCGUCAACUACGUGUUGGAAGGCGCCGUGCGCAAGGACGGCGAACAACUGCGCAUUACGACUCAGCUGGUUCGGGCGGACAGCGGCUAUCACGUAUGGUCCCGCACCUUCGACGGCCAGGUGGGCAGCGUAUUCGAUUUCCAGGAGAACAUUGCUCGGGCCAUUGCAGAUGCACUGGAAAUCAGCCUGGCACCCGAGCGUACAGCUCGCCUGGUACCGGCACUGACACAGAGCCAGCCCGCUUACGACGCUUUUUUACAGGGCCGAAGCCUGGCUCGCCGGUUUGGGCCCGAAGGCAAGCAGCGCGCAGCGGCGUUGUUGGAGCAAGCAGUACAACUUGAUCCGCAGUUUGCGAUUGCCUGGGCUGAACUCGCGCGCACCCAGCUGUUUCUGCCCGUUUCUUUUCCGGAACUGCGACGGACGCCAUAUGUUGCGGCAGCCCGUGAUGCCGUCCAGCGUGCGUUGGCUAUUAAUCCAGGCCUUGCCAUGGGCCAUUACGUGAAUGGUCUGAUCCAGGAAUUUGAACUGCAAUACGACGAUGCGCUGGCUUCCUUUAGCCGGGCUCAUCAGCUCGACCCCGGUAAUCCGUUUCUGAUGUCGCGAUAUGGGUACUUUCUUACCCUUAUCGGUCAUCCUGACGAGGGUGCGGAGCUUAUGACCCGGGGCCUUCGCCUGGACCCAACUGAUGCGGCUGCGCUUGGCAAUCUGGGUGUAGCCAGGCUGGCACAGGGUGACGUUGCUGCUGCUUUACAGUUAAUGCAGCGAAGUUACGACCUGGGCUUUGCGCCGAUGGGGCCCAUGCUUGCGAAAAUACUCUGGGCACACGGGGACAAAGCCGCGGCCACAGACAUCUGGCUGCAAAGCCGCGAAUCGCUGGCCGGUCGCUACCUGCCCGAGCUGGAAACUGAGGAAGGCUGGGCACGCCUGGGUCGAUUAACCCUUGAAGGGGAUGCAGUGGAGCGUGAGUGGGUCACCGAUGUGUUGCAGCGCUAUUUUGCCCAGCCGGAUGCGCGUGCCAAUGCAUACAGGCUGGGGGUGAUGGUGGAUGCCGGCCUCACCGCAGAGGCUUUUCUUCUGUUACAGGAAAAACCCUUUCCCAUCAGUGCUGGGUUUGUGGCCUGGGUAUGGGUCGCCGUGGGUGAAUCAGCCGCGCCCAGCACAGAUGCCGGUUUUCCGCAGUUCGCCAGAAAUAUCGGGUUGGUUGAAGCCUGGGAGGAAUUCGGCUGGCCGGCACGCUGCACCAACCUGCCUGCAGUAGGCGAAAGCGAGUUGCAAUUCUGGUGUGAGUGA